AUGUCGUCUCCCAGUGCGUCCUUCGUGCAAAUCAAGUUUGAUGACAUCCUCUUCUACGAGAACUGUGGCGGUGGCAGCUUCGGAAGUGUGUACCGAGCCAGGUGGAUCUCCCAGGACAAAGAGGUGGCAGUGAAAAAGCUGCUCAAGAUUGAAAAUGAGGCUGAAAUCCUCAGCGUCCUCAGUCACCGUAACAUCAUCCAGUUUUACGGUGCGAUUGUCGAGGCUCCCAACUAUGGCAUCGUCACCGAGUAUGCAAGCGGUGGAUCCCUGUACGAUUACCUGUCCAGUGAUGAAAGUGAGGAAAUGGACAUGGGGCAGAUUAUGACCUGGGCUGCAGAGAUUGCAAGAGGAAUGCACUAUUUACAUUCAGAGGCUCCUGUUAAGGUUAUUCACAGAGACCUGAAGUCCAGGAACGUUGUUUUGACUGCAGACAAAGUCCUCAAGAUUUGUGAUUUCGGGGCCUCAAAGUUCCUGAACCACACUACACACAUGUCUUUGGUUGGGACGUUUCCCUGGAUGGCGCCAGAGGUGAUCCAGAGUCUGCCGGUGUCCGAGACCUGCGAUACCUUCUCCUACGGCGUGGUGCUUUGGGAAAUGCUGACGCGUGAGAUCCCCUUCAAAGGUCUGGAGGGUUUGCAAGUGGCCUGGCUCGUUGUGGAGAAAAAUGAGAGGUUAACCAUCCCCAGUGGCUGUCCUGUGAGUUUUGCUGAACUGAUGAGAAAAUGCUGGGCAACAGAUCCAAAGGUUAGGCCAGUGUUCAAGCAGAUCCUCUCCACUCUGGAGUCCAUGUCUAAUGACAGCCAACUUCCUCAACAGUGCAACUCUUUCCUUCACAACAAGGCUGAAUGGAGGUGUGAGAUCGAAGCUACACUUGAGAGACUUAAGAAGCUGGAGAGAGACCUGAGCACUAAAGAGCAGGAGCUGAAGGAGAGAGAGCGACGGCUGAAGAUGUGGGAGCGUAAACUCAUUGAACAGUCCAACAGCCCGUUGCUGCCCACUCUUGACAUCUACACCUGGACAGAGGAGCAUGUGUAUUUCUGGAUGCAGCAAAUAUUUGGUGCAGGGGAAGAUGCAUGUGGCAUGCAACGCUAUGCUGACCUGUUCAAGGAAAAUCACAUCACUGGCAAGAGGUUGCUGUUGCUGACAGAAAACGACAUGCGGGACAUGGGGGUCAAGUCCAAAGGUCACGCUAUACACCUCAAGGGUGAAAUUGAAAAGCUAACCCACGAUUACCUCGGCCACGUCCACUUCCCACCACUGUUAAAGGAAGAGCUAGAAAAACAGGUGGAACAGAGCAAAACUGUAAAUCUGGAGCUGGUGUUCGGAUAUCACUGGAAACCAGGAACAGGACAAUCUGACUGCAAAUGGAAAAUGUACAUGGAACUUGAUGGCGAUGAUGUUGCAAUAACCUACAUCAAAGAUGUUGUGUUUAAUGCCAACCGUCAGGAUGUGGACGUCCUGCGGAUGACUAAGCCCCCUUUUGUAAUGGACAAAUGGAUCAUUGGAAUACAGCCGAACCAGAGAGUGGACUAUAUCGUGAAUUAUGAGAAUGAUGUCAAAUCACCGAAGACUACGAGACACAGCGGCACAGUGACGUGGAGUCUGAUUGGUGGACAAGAUGAAAUCAAGACUGUGGAGCUGAUCAUUGAAACACCAGCAGCAAACACUGACUGCGGCCCCAGGAGCGCUUUGAACUGUGGUAUAGACCCGUGGUGGAUGUACAAUGUAAGACAGAGGCAGAUGACGGCAGAGAAACCACACCAGCCGGCGACCUUCACCAGUUCUGACACCUGCACUCUUUCUCAGUUCCUGUCUGCUCAUCAGAGCCAGGAGUUUUCCUAUGCAGCAGCGGUGCGUCGCUCUCCCAGCCGCAUCCAUGCAUCUCCGUGGGGUGACUCACGCAGCACCUCACCAACAGCAAACUUGUCACCAAAGCUCUCCCAGCUCCAUCUGGGGUCAAAGGGCAGCAGUCCCUGUAGCACGACAUCAGAGAGCGCCUCGGAAAGAGAGCGAGAGCGCCCACUUAGUGCCGGAGCAGUGACUAAACACUCCAGCUACUUUGGCAACACUUUGAAUGUGGGAGGAGGGCAGGGUAGGGGGCAGGCAUGGACCUACACUAGAGGUAACUAUGGUCAUGCUAAAACCAGCAGAAGCUCACGCCAGCCAGGGAGGCCACGGUCCAACAGUUACAGUAUCGCAACACAUAACCGCCCAGCCAUGAUACCGGGGAUAUUGUCUGUGACUGAAAACCCCAGUCAAGAAAAAGAGGAGACUAAAGCCAGCGACGGAGGGUGGAUCAAAGUGGAGCGACAGAAAAGAUUACCACGUCAGGACAAUAAACAAGUCAGAGGUCGAGUGAGGAGGGGGAGCAGGGGAGGGCGUGGCGCUGGAGGAAGAACUUAAUGUGGACUUAGACGUGAGCUGACAGCCUCAAUUUGUUCACAAUGACAUGCACUGGAGACAUUUGUCAUAUUCAGUAAAUCAUGCUUCAAAACAAACUGCUUCUUCAGAGAGAAUCAUACUGAUGCUUGUAAUGUAUAUAUGUAUUAUUUUACUCAGUAAUGUUUUAUUUCAUGGCCAUGCUCAACAUGUACUGUAUUUAUUAAAGUUAUCAAAUGCUUUGAGAGAUAUUGUUUUUGAUGAUUAAAUAAAAGAACAUUUAAU